AUGACGGCUCACAGCGAAGACGCGGACGUUUCCACAUCCCUUGACAUGUUUCAAGAGCCUGCUGAUUUCUACGAGCCCGAAAAGCCACCGACCUUCACCAGGUACACCCUGAAAAGUGGCCAGUGUCUCACGCUUCGACUUGGCCAUCUGCUCUGGAACGCGGGUCAAGUCGUGUCCAUGUAUCUCGAGAAGAAUGCGAAACAGCUCGUGCAGAACAAAACUGUCUUGGAGCUGGGUGCCGGCGCUGGCCUUCCAAGCCUAGUUGCCGCUAUCUUGGGAGCUCGAAAAGUCGUGGUGACAGACUAUCCAGACCAUGACUUGAUCGCGAACCUGCGUUACAACGUGGAGCAUUGCACCGCUCUAGCAAACAAGUCAAACAUUGUAAUAGAGGGCUUCGUUUGGGGCAGCCUGUGCGAGGCUUUGAAAUGUCAUGUUCUGCCUGAUAUUGACGGAUUUGAUCUUUUGAUCCUGGCCGACGUCUUGUUCAACCACUCGGAGCAUGCAAAGCUGCUGACCACACUCCGUAACUGCUUGAAAAGGACAAGCGAGUCAGUUGCUCUAGUAUUUUUCACGCCUUAUCGCCCUUGGUUGCUUGACAAAGAUCUCCAUUUCUUUGAACUGGCUCGCGCCGAUGGCUUUGUGGUUAAUAAAAUAUUAGAGCAAACCAUGGAUAAAGUCAUGUUUGAAAACGAUCCUGGAGAUGAAACACUUCGCAGAACUGUCUUUGGGUAUGAGGUCAAGUGGGAAUUUUGA